GCGACAUGACCACAUGGCUUGGUGCAACGAAAGCCAAACAGGAGACUAUAGUAUAAAGAAAGAUUAAAGUGGAAGAUCAAGCAUUUGUGACUGCAAAUUAGAAUGCAAACAUGAAAAAAAAUGAAACUUGCUUAGGCAUGAAUUAGAUGAAGACGAGGGGAAAUUGGAGGGAAGAAAUAAUUAGAAAUGUCAUGACACCUUAUCCAGCUCUUGUUGUAUGGAUUGCAGUACUUAGUGAAAACCUAAAGGGAGUUUCUUGUGAAGAGAUCAUCUUACAAAAAUAGACCUCAGGCUCUGACACUGUAUGAGUAGCGGAGUAUCAGUUGAAAAUCUGUCCUUUUAAGUAACUUGUUUUAUGUCACUGACCUUUGUUUCUCAGGCUUUGUGUGCAGUGUGUCAAAAACACAUCUGGUUCCUUGUUGAGUAAACUGUCAUACAGUGUGGAAGUGUAUUUUUCAGUGUCUCAGAGCUGCACUGUUCUAUCACUGUACUGUGAAAGCAGGACUGUGAGAGUGGCAGGUUGUGCAGUAUCCCAUCCACCUUGACAGGGAACCCUCUCGUUUAAUGAAGUUAUCUCUGGGUGAGGAAAUUGCAGCUGCUUCCUGUGCUGAUCCAUUUACAACAGCUUUCAAUCACAGAACAAAGGACGGGGUUAUACACUUGGCUACCACCAGCGGGGGUGAAAACUGGAGUUCAUCUGCCUGGAACCUGCAGUCUUCUGAUUCUAUCUCUUUUUUGUUUUUUACAACAGUGGUUUCAACUCCCUUUGUGUGUCUGACCCAAAGAGCCAUCUAAGGGAACAGACGACUGCUGCGAGUAUCUGCAUGUGCUACAGACUUGUCUCUGAAGCACUGGAGUGUAGGCAUGCAUGUAAGGCAUUGCUGUCCUAGUUACUUUCACUCUGGCUUGCUGACUUUUUAAUGUUUUGUAAGUAAAAGCAUUUCUUCGUCUUUCUGCUGUCAUUGAAAGCAGUGGGACCAAGACAAAUAGUCAAUUUAAACUUCUAAAAAACAUCCCAUUCAUUCUCAAAAACAAAGCAAAUUGAUAGUUAACAAUUCUCUGUUGUCUGCUGCCUGUAUUGUUAUAGUGACCAUGUUAUAAUAGUGGCUGUGAAUUGCAUAGAAUUUAGAGGGAUUGCUACUGGACAAGGCAUUACUGGAUUUUACAUUAAAUGCACUUGGACUAUAGUUUCCCAUGGGCUGUGUUAUCUGACCUUUUUGUUCAGAGAAGGCUGUGUACAGAGACAGUCUUUUGUGUUACAUAAUGUAUCAGAAGUGUAAAGAAGAAAAAAGUUGCUAUUUGAAAAUAUUGUAGCUCCCCUCCCUUUUGUGUGGGAGCUGUACAUUUGAUCCCUUGCACGCUGGAUGUAGAACAGAAAGCAGAAAGUCACAUUCGGACACUGGCAACAGUAUGACUGUGAAAUAAAGAGCCCUUCUUGCUCCACAGCAGAGAGAAUAGGCUUUAUUGAUGUAAUUUGUCCAAUACAGGGAAUUAAAAAAGAAAAAAAAGACAAGUCCUAGUGCUGUUGAAAACAACAGUGGACAGUAUCAGCUUUUUAAACUGGACUUUUAAUUCUUAUGUUUUGGUGUAGGAGUUGUACUGAUGAAGGCUCGCAGACUUUGUUGAACUCAAGAUAAAAAGGCCCUUUUGUUUGCCUUUGGAUGUUCUUAAGUGGAUAUGCAAUGAAUCCAUUGUCAUUUAAAGAGUGCAGUAAACUGAAGAUUCAAAGUGGGUACAGAAAAAAGGGAGAUGUUGCACUUCAUAUUUGGAAAAGGAAACACUGAGAGAAAGGAAGUAGCUGCCUACCAUAAAAAACAGUUAUUUUCAUCAUAUAUGUAAAAUUGAAAGUGCAAGAAAUACUACAACUGUUGGUUGCUUUGUUAGGUGCACUUUUUAAAGAAAAUGUCGAUUUAAGGCAUGGUGCAAACAGAGUGCUUUUAUUCGUAAGCUGCAUUGAUGCAGGGAUUUUUGUAAGCAAGUUGGAUUUUAAGGACAUUUCUUCUGGACAUGACAGCUGAGAACCCAGGGCAUGCAAACUUUGCUUCUAAGCAAGAAGCGCCUCACUGAAAAGGUACAGUGAGAGAGAAGAGAGAGGUGUAACUGAAGGGAGAACAGCCUUUGUUUUAUUUUGGAAACUGCUGCUUAAGGGAUGCCAGGGGAAAGAAUUCCAGACAUGGAUGACAGAUUGUGGAUUCUGGAAGAUCUGAACAUGCUCUACAUCAGACAGAUUGCGCUAAGUUUAGAGGACAGUGACAUACAGAAGAAGAUUGACUAUGAGAUCCGGAUGCGGGAUGGGACUUGUAAGCUUUUGGCUGCAUGCACACAAAGGGAACAGGCACUGGAAGCCUCCAAGGGUCUGCUGACUUGCAAUGCUCGCAUUAUGGCAUAUAUGUCAGAGCUGCAGAAGAUGAAGGAGGCACAGGUCAUGCAGAAGAUGGUGCGACGCCCCUCAGAUUCUGGUUUGCUUGAUGAUCGAGUGCCCUGCAAAGGAAAGGUUGCCAUCUCAGACCUCAGGAUACCACUGAUGUGGAAGGACACUGAACACUUCAAAAACAAAGGAGAUCUACAUCGCUAUGCUGUCUUCUGCCUACUGCAAAUUGGGGCUGAGAUCUACGAUACUGAGAUGGUGAUGGUCGACAAGACUUUGACAGAUAUCUGCUUUGAAAAUGGAGUUGUCUUCAAUGAUGCUUCUCCCGAUUUCGAGAUGAAGGUAGAGAUUUACAGCUGCUGUACUGAGGAUGACUUUGUUGUAGGUGGUACUCCAAAGAAGCUGGCCAGCAAAUUGAGCAGCUCACUGGGACGUUCAUCAGGACGCAAGGUGCGGUCAGCACUUGAUGCAGCUGGAGGAAGUCCGGUUUCUAAUGGUGGGAGCAGCCCUAUCUUGCUUCCAAGUCCUACAGUCUGUGGCCCCAAGUACCAUUUACUUGCCUACAUGACGGUUACACUUUCAAGUGUACAAGACAGUUUUCGUACACAUGAUCUCACAAUCUUAGGAAAUGAGGAGUGUUCCUUCUGGCUUCCUUUGUAUGGCAGUAUGUGUUGCCGACUUGCUGCCCAGCCAAUCUGCAUGACACAGCAGAUGAUGUCAGGCUUCCUAAACCUACAGGAGCAGCAGUUGGUGGGUAAUGAUCUGAAGUGGACCAAGCUGUACUGUGUGUUGACAGGAACUCACCUAGUUUGCUACCGAACACCAGAGGAGGCUAAUACGAAGGCGGAGCCAGCAUUCACCAUUGCUGUUAACAAGGAGACUUCCAUACGAUCAACAGAUAAAGAUCUAAAAUGCACAGACCAUAGGAUAUCAAUAACCAACAGAUAUGGAGGGGAGAAUGUCACACACAUACUGAGGUCAGAGAGCAGAGAGGAAGUCAAACGGUGGAUGGGGGCCUUUCGACAGCAUCGUUAUGAUAUCAGUCAGUGGAAACAGUGCUGUGAUGAGCUGAUGAGAAUUGAAAUGCCUCCCCCUAGGAAACCACCUGCUAUGCUCUCUAAACAGGGAUCCCUGUACCAUGAGAUGGCUAUUGAUAGUCCAGAUGAUAUAGCAACAGUUACAGACAUACUGACAAAGCGGAUGCCACAGUUUGAUCUGCAAAGAGAUGUCGAAUCACCCCCUUGGGUGUCUCUUUUUGAUGGCCACAAUAAAUCCAAUGUUCGUAGAAAUUUUCUGACCUCAUCAGAUAACAGCAUUACCUCAGAUAGCGACAGUGCCUAUAGUGCAAGUCCUUGUUUGUACCGUACUCAAAAGAUGCACCUGGACAAUAACUCCUCAGCAAAUGGUACAGCCAAGGAACUUAAAGCUGGCAACCUCAGUGAGAGCAUGGACAAGCCGUGCAGUAUCCGUCCUCGCACUCUGUCUCUGGAUGCCAAACUGACAAGCCUAAAGAGUCGCUCACAGAAAGUCGAGCCUAUUCCUCGCAAGCUUAAUGUGUUUUCUUGUACCAGUUCCAGUGGAAGCAGUAGCAGUGGAAGCACUACCCCAGAUUCUGAGACUGCUUCUUUCUCACGACCAGCACCUGGGCGACAGAGUCUUCGAAACAUCCGUGCUAAACUGGAUCCAAGAAACUGGCUACAGACACAGGUCUGAUGGCAUAAGAGUUGACACAGUGUGGAAAUCAUCACCAUUUGGGAGCAAGGGGACAGUAAUGGUUGAAUAUUUCAAGAUUAUUUUCAAGACUUUCAUGAAAAUAGCCUGCCAUACAAAAAUAAUUUUGUGGGAGAUGUUAUAUGAAUUGGGAGGAGCAAGAAGCCCAAAACUGGAAAUCAAAUCAUAAUUACAAAGACAUUAUAAGAGGUCAUGUGUCUCAUGUUUUUUAGUCAAAUUUUUGUUUUAGGCCUUUAAAAUUGUGCAUCACUGAACUUACUGGACUUUACUGGUUUGUGCAUUUGUGGAUAACAACAACAUUUAUAAGUUUUAUUAGAAUUUAAAUUCUUCACUCCCACUUUGUUGUUUGAAUAUAUGUAAAUGUCCACUUGCCAGUAACAGAAACUGUGACAACUAAUCUUAACUUUGCCAAAGCAUAUUAUUAGACUACACAGAACAUAGAUUUAGUCCCUUACUGUCAGAUGUGUUUUAUGUUGGAUAAAAUGCAUAGCAAAUUAGGUUAAAUGUAUGUGUUCUGAAUGCAGGCACCUCAUGUGUGUUAUUGUUCUACAGCUGUUUAUAACUGUUGACUUCCAUUUCACAGUUAAAUGCUCCCAAUAUCAAUUACCACUGUUAAAGCAUAUAGUACAUAUUCUGGCUGCACGAACUGUUGUCAUUUCAUACUAUGUGCACUGACUUUUUUUUCUGCCACCUAAUAUGCCACCCUCAGCAUAGCUGGUUUUCUUUUACAAAAACGAAAGGAAAAACACCACAAAGAAUGGAAUAUCAGGUGUGAUUGCACUUUUUGAUCAAACUGUGGUAGAGGGGUAAGAAGAAGAAAUGGAAGAACAGAGUAAUAAAAUGAGAUAUUCAUUGAUUUUUGUAUUCAACAUAAAAUAAAUAUGAAUAGAUUCCUGAGCAACUUGUAUUCAGUUUUAAAGUGCUUAUUAACAAAAGCCACAUUGUAAAAGGUACUUACUGCAGUACUUUCUUGCUUGGGGGCAACUGCAUAGAUUCUUCCAUUAUUAUUUCUUCCUCUCCUUCCCCCAGAAGCACUCAUAGCCCCAGAGGCCAAGUAAUCUGCAGUCCAAAUACAUCUUGGUGAUGGGAUAUAUAUUUUUUGUCACAGCAGUAUAUCAGAAAUCAUUAGAAAUGUGUUGUGAGGGCUGCCUUUCUUUCACUUCCAGUCUGUAUCUUUGCAUCUUUAUUACCAUUUCACGUUCUUCUUGAUGACCUAUUUGGGAUAUUGCUAAUGUGAUGAAAGUCACAUGGUGCUACAUGCUUACAAGCACAAGAGAGAAGAUAGUGCCUUAACUGGCAAAUGCUUCUUCCCACUCAUUUUGGUAUGUUUUACAUAAAUGUGCAUGCUGCUCUGCUUUGUAAAUGUAAUAUGAUAAGCAAUUUCUUGCAAAAUUGCAUUGAAAAUUGGUGCAUUACUUAUGGUCUGGUAGCAGAACAAUGCAUGGAAAUGCAGGCAAUGCCCGAAGUCUUUUUUGAAUCUUCCUGGAAUCAAACACAUUAUAGCACGUACCUUGCUUCCCACCACUUACUUACUAGCUGUGGUCAUAACUAGUCCUACAGGUGCAGGUCUACCUGAGUCCUUUUCUGUUUUUGUGUCCUUUUCUUUUCAUUUUUAAACAGAUCUGUUAAAAAGAUUUCUGCAUUUUUGUCUGAAUAUGGUGCUUCUGUUAUUUGAUGGUGGCAGUUUGUGUAGUCAUAGAAGUGCCUGCCACAUGUUGGUAAACAGUUUACAGAAGCAGUAAUCUUGCUUUAUUUAAUGGAUAUUUGAACAGUACAGAUUUCAGAUUUACAUACCAGCUGUAGUUACAGAUAUAUCCUUUUCCAGUCAUGGCCUGGAUGGCACUUCAUACACACUGAGUACCACUUUGUUUUUUAUGCAGGAUUCUUUGGUACUGUAUAACGUGGACUUUAGCAUGUAUAGGGCUUGAUGUAAAUUCUGUGGACAUUUGCAGCAUUGCUCAAAAUAUCUUUGUAAAGUUUGUACAUCUUGUGGGUUUAGGAAUGUUGUUACUUUCAAAAUUUCUGUUUAAACUCAAAACUGUUCCACUGUGGAUACACAGAGUUAAGUUAUAUUGCUCAGUUGUACACAACAACUGUUUUGAUAUUAUUUGCAAAGGUAAAUGUGGAGAUAAUUUAAUUAUAUACUGUGUUAUUAUCAAUUUAAUGCUACUUUUCACUUCUGUUGUUAAUUAAGGUUGCUGCCACAGCAUUUGUACUUCUCAACAUCAGAAUUAACUUUUGAGAAGAAUUCAAGAUUUGACAACAGUCAGGGAAAGUAUCAGAAAUGAAUUUUAGGCCAUUUAAUUUAUGUCCAGCAAAGAGCUGCUCAGAAUGGAAAUGCAGGUAUGUUAAAGUUGACUGGAAGAAGGAUCUGAGGUAGUAGUGAAGUAGGCAGAAACAGACUUGUGAUUUUUGGCAUCCCGUUUAUUUUUGUUGUUGAAUGUUCUGGUAUGUCUUGAGAUCUGAAAUGAAAUGAUGUGACAUGGCAUUGAUUAGAUGGUACCAGCAUUCCUGGUAUGAAGUUGUAGGUUUAUUAAUCCCGUGCAUAUAUUAUGUGAGUGCCUUUACUGCAACUUUCAGUAAAUAUGCACUCCGGAGAAUGUUGGUAUUAAAAUAUUGGCCUAGAAUAUGCAAUAAUACAUGUUUAAUGUUCUGAACAUAAACAGAAGAUAAUGCGGUAUAUUUGGCUAUUACAUUUUGUAUUGUCUGCCUUGGCCUAUUUUUUUAAGCACAUGGCUAAAUAACAUUUUUGUUACUGUAAAGUUUUCUAAUUUAAAAAAAAAUGUUGAUUAAAGUAUUUUGCAUUAUG